ACCGGCAUUCGGGAAAAAGGGCAAAGCUACUGUAUAAAAUUAAGGCAUUGUAUUUUUACAAACUAGAGUAGGUAAACGUCUUUAAAUUCAACGAAAUUAUGGCUGCGACAGGGGACUCAAGUAAUGUAGAAAAUGCCAAGGUUGAAAAUGACGCAGACAAUUCAGAUUGGAUGUCAAAACUACCAGAAAAACUUAGAUGUGAACCACUGAAAAAUAUCGCGAUUCCUGGCUCACAUGAUUCAUUUAGCUACACCCUGGACCUCAACACACCAGUAUCACCAUCCUCUCCGGACACUGUGCGUAAUCUGGUCUCAGCCUUCGGCAACAUGGCCAAGAAGAUCGUCUACAGCUGGUCAGUCACACAGAGCCUGACCUUCAGGCAGCAGCUGGAUCGGGGGAUCAGGUACUUCGACCUGCGCGUGUCCACCAUGAAUGGCAAGCCGGAGCUGUACUUUGUUCAUGGGUUGUACGGUGCUGAGGUCGGGACCUGCCUACGCGAGAUCAAAGCCUGGACGGACGAGCACCCAAAGGAGGUCAUCUUCCUGGAUUUCAACCAUCUCUACGAGAUGCAAGAGGCUGACCACGAGCAACUUGUGGCAACCCUCCUGAGCGUGUUUGACUCCAAACUGUGCCCCGUGAUCAACAUUGAGACCACCGCCCUCAAUGUUCUCUGGGAGAAAGGCUGGCAGGUCCUGGUGUUCUAUCACCACCACGGGAUAGUGCAAGACCACCCUGAGCUCUGGUCCGGGGAUUUCAUGCCUUCCGUCUGGCCCAACGUGACCGAAGCCCCUAAGAUGGUCAACCUUCUGGAGGCUCACUUCACCCGGGGUCGUCCCCCGGGAAAAUUCUACGUCAGUCAGGGUGUGCUGACCCCAACGGGGACCACAGUCCUGCAGUACAUCAGCCGAUCUCUGAAGGACGUCUUUGCCCUGAUUGCCAUCAAGAACGUGCAAUAUUUCAUGAAGGACAAGGCCGUCGGGCCGAAGGGACUGAACAUUAUCAUUGCAGAUUUUGUUGAGAUGGGCGAUUUCAUUCCAAGCGUGUUGGCCUUAAAUCAUAAAGCCUGAAUAUAUUCAUCAAAGCAAUAAUAUAAUACAUGUCCAUCCAAGCAAACCUCUACGCAUGUACGGAGAUGAAACUAUUUUAGUUUUUGAUAAUUGUUUG